CACAGUUCAGGCACGUGGAAAUUGUCACGUGCUUUCACUCGCCUCUCCUUCUGAAGUGUCGCUGCCGCCAACAACAUGGUCAACGUCCCAAAGACCCGCCGAACAUACUGUAAGGGCAAGCCCUGCAAAAAGCACACGCCUCACAAGGUGACACAAUACAAGACCGGCAAGGCAUCUUUGUUUGCACAGGGCAAACGUCGCUACGAUCGCAAGCAGUCCGGUUACGGUGGUCAGACUAAGCCCGUCUUCCACAAGAAGGCGAAGACUACUAAGAAGGUUGUUCUUCGACUGGAAUGCACUGUGUGCAAGUAUAAAAUGCAAAUGGCUCUCAAACGUUGCAAGCACUUCGAGCUUGGUGGAGAAAAGAAGACAAAGGGUGCAGCUCUCACUUUCUAACCAUCUUCACUAUCUCUCUCGCUAUGCACAUUAUGUACAGUCAUGCAACACAUUGCUUCGCUCACUGCAACAUGAUUUCCCUUCAUCUGACGAUCUGAAUCAUACUUGUCGAAUCACGAUGUCAUGCGGAUGCUCAAUCUGACAGGACUCUGGUGUCAAGCUCAUCUAACCUGCGACGUGGCUGCCAGCGGUGCACUGCCAGAGUGGCCGUGCUGAGCUUGCCUGCAUAUAUAGUGGCAGUCGGUGCUGUCUUAACCAUCCUACAGCGCUUUCAGGUGCCAUGCCGUCGAUUUUGAGUCGAUUCAUGAAUGUUCUCUUUCCCGGCAGUGAGUAUGUUGCUGUCAUUAUCGGGCUCAAUGCGUCGGGGAAAACUACUCUUCUAUAUCGAUUGGUCUUUGGUGAAAUCGUGACGACGAUUCCCACCAUCGGCUUCAAUGUCGAGACUGUUAACUUGCCCACACGCCAAGGGCAAAACUUGAAUCUGGUGUGCUGGGACGUCGGAGGAUGCGGACGCGAGCACAUGACUCAUAUAAUUGUCGAAAUUGCGUCACGGUCGCAUGUUGUGAUUUGGCUGAUCGACAGCUCAGAUCGCAGCCGUCUCGAUGAGACUGUCGCCGAAUUCGAGCGGGUCGAUGCGAGACUCAACACACCGGGAGUAUACAUGCCCCGCAAUCGCCCGAUUUUAGUCAUUGCCACCAAGCAGGAUUUACCCAAAGCCAUGACCCUGGAUGAGAUCAGAAUACGCAUUGCCCCCAUCAUCAAAGGCCGGAGUGUUUUUUGUGUCGGAGCUGCGCUGAAUCAAGACCUGCGCAACGGAGUGUUUCUCGACGCGUUUGGGUGGCUUUUGGCUGCGGCAGAGUCUACGAGAAAGGGAGAUCCCGGUCCGCCUGUUACUCCAGUGCGGACUGAUUCUAUCGAAGACAAGCUUUCUUCGUGGCUUGCACGGUGGGAAGAAGAUUCGUCAUGCGACGAAUUUUUAUCGCAAUUCGAACAGCGCUGCCUUCCUGCUUGGGAUCACUACACGCAUGUCCGUCUUGCUUAUCUUCUCCUGCUCAAACAUGGACGUCAGAAAGGCGAGUCAGGUAUGGAAUUACUCACUCCCACGCUGAAGAAUCCCUUAGGCAAAGAUCUCAUUCUGGCCGGAAUACAACAUUACAUAGCCGAGAGUCCGGAACAGACUGGAGGACGGACAUUCCACCUCACCAUGACUUAUUUUUGGAUUCAGAUGAUCCAUUUCGGCAUCAGGAGCCUUCCCGAUAGUCCACCGCCUACUGCCGAGGGAUCCGACGAUUUUGCCCGCUUUCUCCUGCUGAAUCCCCACAUUGUACAAGGGGAUCUGUGGGCAGACUACUAUACGAAGGGUGCGCUGAUGAGCCCAGAAGCCAAGAAGAGUUUGGUUCUACCAGACAAGAAAGCGCUCCCCAGUCUCGUCGUCAGGGAUGCCAUUACAAAGAUCGGCAAGAGACAGGAUGGCUGGAGGCAAUACAACUAGCUAGCUUGGACCUCGUAUACCACUGUUUCCAGAAUCUGCUUCACCGUUUCAAAGUCACGUUCAAUCUCAACCCGCCAGGUCGCUAUAGCCAUGCGAGCUGCAGGUCUUCCUCUCCAUUCAACAACUGUCAGACGAAGUCGAUUUGUCGCAUUGACUUCCGAAACCAGACGGGCAUUGAGAGCCUCGGAUUGGGCUCGAAACAGGACGACGAUGUAUACUGCUUCGAUCCUCGAAUCCGGUAACAGCUCGUAACGUGGAGAGCGGUCGAUGUACUCUGCAAUUCGGCGAGCCAACAGAAUCUGGCGCUCCAGAAGUUGAGAGAACCAAUCGCGUCCGUAAGCCAGGAGUGAUGCAUAUACCGGCAACGCCCGGAAUCGACGGCUAUUUUCGAUGCCCAUAUUCAACGGAGACGGAGUAGAGGAGGCUUGGGUGGCUAGAUAUGGCGAAUUGGGGUUCUGAAAUACCGCUUCUUGGAGAUCAGGGUAACGAGUGAAGAAGAACCCGCAAUCAUAUGGCACAUUCAACAUCUUGUGGGCGUCACCGGCCAGUGAGUCGGCCAGCAGGAUACCAGAGAUCCCCCCUGCAAUGAUUCUGUAUUCUGUUUUCUCGGGUAAGAUGAGUGCUUGUAGACCGAACGCUGCAGGUAUGACGUCAACGGCUGUCAGAUCAGAACAUAGUCAUUUAUCGCACCUCCAUCGACAUGGACCCAUGCACCAUACUCAUCAGCCAGUGCGCGGAUUCGCACCAACUCUUCCCCGUUGGUCGCGAAACGCCCACAGCUAACAUCCCCAGCACUGACAAGCACGAUGGCCGGGGGUCCACGCGAGAGAUGAGCUUCGAGCGCCUCUACGUUAAAUCUCCACGGCUGCUCAUCGCUCAGCGGAAGCAAUGUAAACGAGUCUCUGCCGAUCCCUGCAAUCGAAGCCGCUUUGUACAUCGACGCAUGGGGAACUGUUCCAAUGAUCUGGAUCCCUGGCGCUCCCACUUUGACGCAGGCUUCCAGAAAGCCGGACUUUGUAACACUGACUGCAGACGGGACACGUUUGCGCCGGCCAGCCUCACGAAUGACAUAUUCUCGGCCGAGAGCCAGUCCAAUAAGGUUGGAAGCUGUGGCCCCCGUGGUGAAGACUCUGCCAGUGAACUCGAGUUCGUCGAUAGAAAAAAGUUGCUGUAAUAAU